AUGCCCGCCCAACCAGCAAAACACAUGGAAGAACUCCUGCACCCCCUGCAACACCUCCUGGCCCUCCUGGGCCUACUACGUCCUCGUAUCAACUGGUUCAAUCUGACCAUCCUCCUCCUCAUCCCUCUUGAUGCUGCUCACGAAAUCCCAAAAAUCCCUCUCCGCUGUUACACGCUCCUCUGGUCUCUCGGUUACUAUUUCAUCACCAUGCUUUGCAUUACCGCCGGGUACCACCGCCUCUGGUCGCACCGCAGCUAUAACGCCAGCAAGCCCCUACAAUGGUUUCUAGCCGUCUUCGGUGCUGGCGCCAUGCAAGGUAGUAUCAGGAGCUGGCGGGAUCAAGGAGAGAUCCCCCCGCCUCGUUAUCCUAUCGAGAUGUCUGACCUCGCGGAGGACUCGGUCCUCGACACUCAGGACCAAUACUAUCGAGCUCUUUCAUUGUUCAUGGGCUGGAUUUUCCCCGCCUUUGUUGCGGGGCUUGGUUGGGGAGAUUGGAAAGGCGGUGUUCUGGACGCAGGUAUCCUCCGCGCGUUCUUCGUGCAGCAGGCCACGUUUAGCGUGAACCCGUUGGCGCAUUGGGUCGGGGGCCAGCCGUAUGGGGAUAGACGGUCUGCGAGGAACUCGGGCUGGGUGGCGGUGGUGACACUGGGGGAAGGGUAUCAUAAUUUCCACCAUGAGUUUCCGGGAGACUAUCGGUGUGGGGUGGAGUGGUGGCAGGUGGACGUCACCAAGUGGAUGAUCUUUGGGUGGAUGGUGGUCGGGAUGGCGGGGGGGUUGAAGAGGUUUUCCCGCGGCCAGAGGAAAUUGAAUAUCGAGAGUCGAUUUGUGUAUGACGUUGGCGAGUUCAUGAAGGAACAUCCGGGUGGUGAACGACUGCCGGAGCUUUAUAUCAAAGGCGAUGUCACAUAUGAGUUCAACGGAGACGUGUAUAACCAUUCUGAUGAGGCGAGGGAUCGAUUGGCGAUGAUGAGGGUGGCUGUGAGACCGUAG